GAGAGAGAGAGAGAGAGAGCUCGUGGUGAGUCAGAUCAUUGGUCCUCGCUAUAAGUGAUGUCUGGGAAUAAAAGCAUGAUAGAGGUGCGAUAUCGGAGCUCCACCCCUAAGUAACAUCAGCACCAGCAUCACUGUCCUCAUUACAGGGCAUGAGAGAGGACGCACGCGGACUGUCAGCCUGCCGCACUCGCCCUGCCGUAGCUUUCAUGCAUCACAUCUGAAUGCUAAUAUGAGGAAGCCUCUGGUGUGCUGAAGGACAUCUGGAUACCGCUGAUUUACUGGACAAGUAGCAUCCCCGGCAUGCGCUAAGCCCAUCCAUAGCGUACUGAGAGAGUGCGUCAACGUCAAAGCCAGGACGUCGGCCAUGGCCUCCAACUCAGAUGCACUACUGCAGUACCACCAGACUGUCUGCGCCCGCCAGCGCUCCCACUGCACAUGGAGGAAGCGUCGGCCUGCAAGGGUACUCGGCCUCCUCAUUGCUCUCGUAGCAAUAAGUGCAGUGGCCUUUUUGUGGCCCCGGCCUUCUCAGUGGGAAGAGCUACAGAGCCACACCCCACACAGGACUCUGCUGUCCACACACCUGGGAAACCUCUCAGAGGACACGCCCGUGGCCAUGCGCUCAUCUGUGGAGUCAAAUGAAAGUCAGGGGGACUACCCGACUGACCUGUUCAGCCUAGAGGACCGCAGACGGGGCGCGGUGAUACUGCACAUGUUUGGCAUGAUGUACAUGUUCAUUGCCCUCGCCCUUGUGUGCGACGAGUUCUUCGUUCCAGCGCUGACCGUCAUCACCGAAAAACUCACAAUCUCGGACGAUGUCGCAGGCGCCACAUUCAUGGCGGCCGGGGGCUCGGCUCCUGAGCUCUUCACUUCUGUCAUUGGCGUCUUCAUUUCCCACAGUAACGUGGGCAUCGGGACCAUUGUUGGCUCUGCGGUGUUCAACAUCCUGUUCGUCAUUGGGAUGUGCGCCGUUUUCUCUAAAGAGAUCCUGAACCUGACGUGGUGGCCUCUGUUCAGGGAUGUCUUCUUCUACAUUGUCGGCCUCAUCAUGCUUAUUGUUUUCUUCCUGGAUAACUACAUCACAUACUGGGAGAGCAUUAGUCUGCUGCUGGCCUACGCUUGCUAUGUUCUCUUCAUGAAGUUCAAUGGAAAUGUAGAGACUCUGGUCAAGGGCAUCAUUUACAGAAACCAGGUCGUAGAGGUGGAGGCUCAACCGAAGCUGAGCCCCAGCGGAGUGGAAGAUGACAGCAAAAUGUCGGCCAAACCCCGGCUCCAGAGAGGGGGAAGCUCCGCCUCGUUACACAACAGCCUGAUGAGAAACAGCAUCUUUCAGCUAAUGAUCCACACGCUUGACCCUUUGAGUGAAGAAUUCGCUGACUCUGAACUGGGGACUUAUGGCAAGCUAAAAUAUUAUCACUCAAUGAACGAAGAAGGAAAGUUUCGCGAAAAGGCUUCCAUCCUUCACAAAAUUGCCAAAAAGAAAUGCCAGGUGGAGGACUCAAAUGGGGUUGCUGAUAAAAAUUUGCCGAACAGCUCCAGUGUGGAGGUGGAUGUGACCCCACCCAUGAACGGCACUGCUGGAGCGGACGGAGAAACGGGUGAAGAAGACGAUGAGGAAGAUCAGCCUCUUAGCCUCUCGUGGCCAGAGAGCGGCCGUAAGCGCUUCACAUACCUCUUCCUCCUACCUAUCAUCAUCCCUCUGUGGAUAACUCUACCAGAUGUGAGGAAGCCGACUUCCCAAAAAUUUUUUCCCAUCACAUUUCUGGGGGCCAUUUGCUGGAUUGCUGCCUUCUCAUACUUGAUGGUCUGGUGGGCUCACCAGGUUGGAGAGACUAUAGGCAUCACAGAGGAGAUCAUGGGACUGACCAUUCUAGCGGCUGGAACCUCAAUCCCUGAUCUCAUCACCAGUGUUAUAGUAGCACGAAAGGGUCUUGGGGACAUGGCCGUGUCCAGCUCUGUGGGCUCUAACAUAUUCGACAUUACUGUGGGGUUACCGUUCCCAUGGCUGCUAUAUUCCAUCAUAAACAAUAUGAUUCCAGUAAGGGUGAGCAGUAAUGGUCUGUUCUGUGCCAUCGUGCUGCUCUUCAUCAUGCUCAUCUUCGUCAUCAUCUCCAUCGCCGCCUGUAAGUGGAAAAUGAGCAAACUGCUGGGCUUCAUCAUGUUCCUUCUCUAUAUUGUCUUCCUGGUGGUCAGCGUCCUGUUGGAGGACAAGGUCAUCGUCUGCCCUGUCUCCAUCUAGCGUCCUGUCUUCUUCAAACGCACACCCACACAUCUUCAUGAAGCUAAAGACACUUCAUACAAGUAUGUUCUCUGUGACAUCACAUCGUUUCAUCCAACAUCGAUCCAGCUGCGUGAGGCACAGGCCUCCUUACAGUGUAAAUUAUGCUUCGGUGAAUCUGCACCAGUCUCUGAAGGAAUCAGAACCGUUCAACUUUAAAACCACCAGCUUGUUUCAAUGUCCUCCCUGCGACCUCCUUUUGACCUGCUGUGAGGAGAUUCAGUCAUUGCAGUACAGUGGCUGUAAGGUACGGGGUUGUAACGGUACACUAAACGAAAGUGAGCUGGGAAAAAUACGAACUUAUUUCACUUAACAAUAAAAAGAGGCUCGCAAAAUUUAGAAUUCAAUAAUUGUCUCUUUUUGCAAAAGAAUUUUCUUUUUAACCAAAUCGAGCAACAUGAAAGUCUUUGUGUCACUAAAUGGUUUAAAUAUUCUGCUUCUCUGUUUUAUGCGCUCUGCAGGGUGCACUAAAGAUUUAUAACCACAUAGACGCUUGGUCAUUUCUCAGUCUCUGUACGGUGCUCGUGCAUGCUGUGAACAUGCGGCAUCAUUGACUAAUAGCAUAGAGAGUUCAUCCAUACACAGUGCAGAGAUUUGACGACAGUCUUUCGUUUUUAAUAUCAGUGAGAGAUACCAGGAUACCACUUUACAUAUGUUAGCAAAUAUAAGCUUAUUGUAAAUGCAUUAGCUAACAUGAACUAACAAUGAGCAGCAUUUAUUAAUCGUUGUUAAUGUUAGUUAAUGUCAAUACAGUUAUUCAUGUUAGUUCAUGGUGCAUUAUUUAACGUUAACAGAUGCGAUGUUUUAUUUUUUCAAGAUGUAUUAAAAAAUGCUGACAUGAACAUGAACUAAGAAUAAUAAAUGCUGUAAACGUAUUGAAGCAUUGUUAGUACAUGGUAGCGAAUGCUUUAACUAAUUGUUAACAAAUAGUGUUACCGAAGAUUCCUUCCCUUUUCUAAUAAUGUUUCGUCUAUUCUGCACAUUUAACAAUCCCUUUAUAUCUGAAAAUUUAUUUAAUUAUAUAACUAUGUAAUAUUUUAUUCACACACAUUUUUCUGCCUUAAAAUCUAGUGAACCGUUACAUCCCAAAAAAUACAACAGUCAAUAUCUGAUUGGUGGUUUAUUUGAGACGGAAUGGAUGAAUGUGAUCAUGUGUUGAUGAAUCGUGUUUAAACAAAAAACACUUCUGGUCCUAGUACACAGCGGUAUUAGUGCUGCCCCCAAGUAUGUGAGUGCUUUAUUUUGUCACCUAAUAUUUUCAAUAUUUUCCUUGAAAUCUGCUGGCUUUCAAAGGCACUGGUGAGAUCACACAGCCCUCCACUAAAGCCUGUAAAAUGUAUUUGCUACCACAAUAUUUACCGGAAAUGGCGAUAACUACAGUGGCAAAGAACAUCUUUAAAUGGAUGCAGAACGCCAUAUUGGAUUGUUUUUUUUUCAGCAAAACACUGAUCUAAAUAUUAUUUUAUCUGCUUGUGUGUCAAGAGGCCAAGAAACAGAUUUGGACGCAUUGUUCAACGUGAUGUAUGAUUCCUCAUCUGUAAAUGGCUGUCACUGAUGCUCAACUUUCAGUUUUAAGAGAUUUUAAUAUUCUGUUAAUUUCGGAACAGUGUUGUUCGUAGAGGAAGUUCAGCUGCAGUGUCGAUUGUGGUCGUACACCAAUAACUAUUCAAUAACGCCUCGUGCACUGGAAGAUUCUACAAAAUGAAUUGCAUGUUGCAUCCCAAAGUAUAAAAGAGCAACCUUAGUAUUCACUCAUUUAUGGAAAAAAAACAUGUUAAAUAAUAUUACAAAGGGACAUGUGUAAGUCCUUAUAGUCUGUAGUUAGGUGUUAAAAUAACAUUUAGACAUAUGUUAGGCACUCGAAGCUGCUAAAACAAUAUCUAGUGAUUUCCCUAAAUAGUAGGAAUCUGUGUAUUUGGACUGGAGCUCUGACCAUUCAGAAAUUCUUCAUUCUAAAUACAUGCAUGGAAAAGUGUAGCUUAAAUCAAGAUGUUAAUUCAACCUGUGCUCAUUGCUUUACUGUAAGGCUAAAAGAUAACACAUUUACCUACUACUAAAAAAUUGUCUUUUGGUAACAAAAGAGAGUUAAUGUGUUAGCGCUGUUUAAAGUUAUUCUAGCUAUGUAUAAUCACAAGCCUUUACAAAUGGCGCAAUUCAUGUUCCUUCUAAAGGUGCUUUAGGAUAUGAUAUGUACAGAGACGCCUUAACUAAUAUAGACACAAAACUCACUGAUGAAUACUACUCACAAAUAACAUAACAGUACACUAGCAUGAAAUCAAAUUUUAUUUGUGGAGGCAGAAUCUCUUUCAAUGCAUAAAUUAAACUCGUUGCUCUCUGUAUUUAUUACGAAUAUUUUGGUGUGACAUGGUCAGAAAACCUGCACACAGCUGACCGUCUUUUACUAUGUACCUUUACUUUGUACAUUCUGCCCUCUAGUGGGGAAUGAGAAGUGCUUUCACGUAUCCUACUGUAUAUUCCCACUACCCAAGUAAUAUGCAUAUGUAAAAUGGAUUAUUUUGACUUAUUAGAAGCAUUGCUGAGUUCACUGCUUGUUUAUUUGUUUAGAAGAUUAAUAAACAAAACAUGUUUUUUUCUGAAGAUAUUGAAGAUGUAUGUCUGUCCCAAAAUGUUGACAAUUUGACCACUAUUUAUUUUAUUUAUUUAUUUAUUUAUUUAAUCCUCAGACACACAUUUAACUUAUAUAAUUUAAAAUAGACUUUACAAGUGCUUCAACGUUACUUUGUUCUUUGUAAACAGAUGAUGUCAAUGGGAAUGUUACUGAUAAGCAAUGUAGCCAUUUCUAGGCAUUUUAAACUGUUUUUACCCUUUUCUUUCCCCUAAACUAAAACUGAUCUAAAAUGUAUCAUCAGUAGUUCUUUACUGCCCUAAUGUCAUGCACCAUACAUACUACUACUACAGUAUUUAUUUCCUUCACCAGCAUCUGUUUUUCAUAAUGAUUUUGUAUUUAUUUUUAAAUAUCUAUUUUGUCUUACAAGAGGGCUGUAGAACUACACAAUAUUUAAGUGCUUUACCCUGUUUUACCUUGCUCCUGUGUUCAGGCAGGGUUUUUGACUUUUCAACUCUCUCUCGGUUGUCAAAAUCUCAUUGAAAGCACUUUGCAUUGACAUGUGUUUGUUUAAUGUCUGUCUGUUUUUUCCUGCUCAUGACUGAUUUAUGGCUUGUGUUUGUUAUGUUGAAUGAUAAAUCUGAAAGCUUGCCCUGAAUUUACAUUAUGGAAUUUAUUGUACAUUGGGUUUUCGAUACAGUAUUUUCAGGAAUCGUACAUACAGUAAUCCCUCUGUGCUUUAAAAAAAAUGAAACAUUAUUAUAAUCACUUUAUGACAGCGCUCUACUAUCUGCAGAAAAGCCCGAUUUUGAUCUUUUCCUGGCUUCUCAGAGUUUACUGUCACUGUCUCCACUGUUGUCUUUCUUUAAGAGCAUAUACAAAGAGUACUUUUUCACAUUCGAUUCAAACCUGGUCAUAGACACAGCAUGUUAAAGCCACACCAUCGCUCAAUGUUUAAUGUUCCAUUUCCCUAGUGUUCAUGUGAGUCAUAUAAUCUGUACAGCUAUACAGACACUAAUACAAUCGUACAAUCAGAGUAUAGAGAAUAUGUUUAUGUAAAUGCAAUGUAAUAAAAGAAAUAAAUGCACAUAUAAGGAAAGGUGUUUGUGGUGAAUGACGUUUUUAUGAAAUUAGCAAUUGCAAAGAUGGUACACAGCAAAGUCCCUGGUGUCAAACAAAAACCAGCUUGUGUAUGAGUCCCACCUACGGGUGUACAAAUUUAUACUGAAGCAGAGUCUUUCUGGUGUGAAAUGUUAAUUUAUUC